CAAUCAUCAUUCAUCUUAGUAGUAUAGGCACCAAAUCAAAUCUGCAACAUCAAUUAUCUAACUCCAAAAACCAUGAAGCUGGUGCUUGUGGUUCUUGCUUUCAUUGCUUUAGUAUCAAGUGUUUCUUGUACACAGACAGGCGGCUGCAGCUGUGGUCAACAACAAAGCCAUGAGCAGCAACAUCAUCCACAACAACAUCAUCCACAAAAACAACAACAUCAACCACCACCACAACAUCACCAGCAGCAGCAACACCAACAACAACAAGUUCACAUGCAACCACAAAAACAUCAGCAACAACAAGAAGUUCAUGUUCAACAACAACAACAACAACCGCAGCACCAACAACAACAACAACAACAACAGCACCAACAACAACAUCAAUGUGAAGGCCAACAACAACAUCACCAACAAUCACAAGGCCAUGUGCAACAACACGAACAGAGCCAUGAGCAACACCAAGGACAGAGCCAUGAGCAACAACAUCAACAACAAUUCCAGGGUCAUGACAAGCAGCAACAACCACAACAGCCUCAGCAAUAUCAGCAGGGCCAGGAAAAAUCACAACAGCAACAAUGUCAUUGCCAGGAGCAGCAACAGACUACAAGGUGCAGCUAUAACUACUAUAGCAGUAGCUCAAAUCUAAAAAAUUGUCAUGAAUUCCUAAGGCAGCAGUGCAGCCCUUUGGUAAUGCCUUUUCUCCAAUCACGUUUGAUACAACCAAGUAGCUGCCAGGUAUUGCAGCAACAAUGUUGUCAUGAUCUUAGGCAGAUUGAGCCACAAUACAUUCACCAAGCAAUCUACAACAUGGUUCAAUCCAUAAUCCAGGAGGAGCAACAACAACAACCAUGUGAGUUAUGUGGAUCUCAACAAGCUACUCAAAGUGCGGUGGCAAUCUUGACAGCAGCACAAUACCUACCAUCAAUGUGCGGCUUGUACCACUCAUACUACCAAAAUAAUCCAUGCAGCAGCAAUGACAUUAGUGGUGUUUGCAAUUGAAGAAUUGUGUCUACCUAGCCGUUAUACUCAUAUAACGGUGUUAAGCAAUAAAGUACCAUACAUUAUGAUGUUUGUACUAUGAUAUUUGAAUAAGAAUACUAAUUGUAAUUAUAAUGCU